CCGAGCCAAAAUGAUGGCGACGUCACAGGAUUAUUUUGGCAAUCCAUACGCCCUUUUCCGCGGACCGCCCACAACACUGCGGCCGCGCGAGUCGCCGCUGGGCGUGGGCCACCCUCACGGCCAUGGGCACCUGCACAGCCACGCCCAUGCCCACGGGCAUGGCCACGCCCACUCGCAUUACGCGGCCUUGGACUUGCAGACGCCGCACAAGCGGAACAUCGAAACGGAUGUGCGGGCACCGCCGCCGCCAUUGCCGCCGCCACCGCUUCCGCUUCCGCCCGCAUCCCCUAGGUACAACACUGACCAAGGAGCGAUGGACCAGCAAUUCUGCUUGCGCUGGAACAAUCAUCCCACAAAUUUGACCGGCGUGCUCACCUCACUGCUGCAGCGGGAGGCGCUAUGCGACGUCACGCUCGCCUGCGAGGGCGAAACAGUCAAGGCUCACCAGACCAUCCUGUCAGCCUGCAGUCCGUACUUCGAGACGAUUUUCCUACAGAACCAGCAUCCACAUCCCAUCAUCUACUUGAAAGAUGUCAGAUACUCAGAGAUGCGAUCUCUGCUCGACUUCAUGUACAAGGGCGAGGUCAACGUGGGUCAGAGUUCGCUGCCCAUGUUUCUCAAGACGGCCGAGAGCCUGCAGGUGCGUGGUCUCACAGAUAACAACAAUCUGAACUACCGCUCCGACUGCGACAAGCUGCGCGAUUCGGCGGCCAGUUCGCCGACCGGACGUGGGCCGAGUAAUUACACCGGCGGCCUGGGCGGCGCUGGCGGCGUGGCCGAUGCGAUGCGCGAAUCCCGCGACUCACUGCGCUCCCGCUGCGAACGGGAUCUGCGCGACGAGCUGACGCAGCGCAGCAGCAGCAGCAUGAGCGAACGCAGCUCGGCGGCAGCAGCGGCGGCGGCGGCAGCAGCAGCGGUAGCGGCCGCCGGCGGCAAUGUGAAUGCGGCUGCCGUCGCCCUGGGCCUGACCACGCCCACCGGCGGCGAACGAUCUCCGAGCGUGGGCAGCGCCAGUGCAGCGGCGGCAGCAGCGGCGGUAGCGGCUGCGGUGGCAGCGGCCGCCAAUCGAAGUGCCAGCGCCGACGGAUGCAGCGAUCGGGGCAGCGAACGCGGUACGCUCGAGCGGACGGAUAGUCGCGAUGAUCUGUUGCAGCUGGAUUAUAGCAACAAGGAUAACAACAAUAGCAACAGCAGUAGUACCGGCGGCAACAACAACAACAAUAAUAACAACAACAACAAUAGCAGCAGCAACAACAACAACAGCAGCAGCAAUAGGGAGCGCAACAACAGCGGCGAACGUGAGCGGGAGCGGGAGAGAGAGCGUGAGCGGGACAGGGACAGGGAGCUGUCCACCACGCCGGUGGAGCAGCUGAGUAGUAGUAAGCGCAGACGUAAGAACUCAUCAUCCAACUGUGAUAACUCGCUGUCCUCGAGCCACCAGGACAGGCACUACCCGCAGGACUCUCAGGCCAACUUCAAGUCGAGUCCCGUGCCCAAAACCGGCGGCAGCACAUCGGAGUCGGAGGACGCCGGCGGUCGCCACGAUUCGCCGCUCUCGAUGACCACCAGCGUCCAUCUGGGCGGCGGUGGUGGCAAUGUGGGCGCGGCCAGCGCCCUGAGCGGUCUGAGCCAGUCGCUGAGCAUCAAGCAGGAGCUGAUGGACGCCCAGCAGCAGCAGCAGCAUCGGGAACACCACGUGGCCCUGCCCCCAGAUUACUUGCCGAGCGCCGCUCUAAAGCUGCACGCGGAGGAUAUGUCAACGCUGCUCACGCAGCAUGCUUUGCAAGCAGCAGAUGCGCGGGACGAGCACAACGACGCCAAACAGCUGCAGCUGGACCAGACGGACAAUAUCGACGGCUCCAAGGCCUGGCACAUGCGGCUAACUUUCGAGCGCCUCUCGGGCGGCUGCAACCUGCACCGUUGCAAGCUGUGCGGCAAGGUCGUCACGCACAUCCGCAACCACUACCACGUCCACUUUCCGGGCCGCUUCGAGUGUCCGCUGUGCCGGGCCACCUAUACGCGCAGCGACAACUUGCGCACCCACUGCAAGUUCAAGCAUCCCAUGUACAAUCCGGAUACGCGCAAGUUCGACAACCUAAUGUCCUCGUCGGCGGUGGGGGCGGCUGCCACGCCCACGGCCAGCCAGUUGGCGGUGGCCUCACAAGCGGCGAUGGCAGCGGCAGCCGCGGCGGCCUUCAAUGCAGCGCAACAGCAGCAGCAACAGCAGCAACAACAGCAGCAACAUCAACACCAGCAGCAGCAGCAGCACCAGCAGUCGCAACAGCAGCAGCAACAGCAGCAGCAGUCGCAGCAGCAACUCCAUGCCCUCGCGCAGCAGCACAUGCUGCAACUGCAGCCGCAACAUCACCAGCAGCAGCAGCACAAUGCCACAAGUGAAUGAUACAGUCAGUACCUGGGCUGGAACUACGGCGCCUGGCGUCCCGAUGACCCCAACCCCAAGCAGCAGCAACAGCAGCACCAUCGCAAGGCUCAGCCCUUCAACUUCUAUGCCCGCGACUAUUACUACCAGCAACAUCAGCAGCAGCAGCAGCAGCAACAGCAGCAGUCACCCAUCAGCAGCAUGAGCAACGGCAACAUGCGGCAGCAACAGCAGCAGCAGCAGCAACAUCGACGCCAGCAGCAGCUUCCGCCUGCGCAGACGAUCAUCAUCGAUGAGAGCGACAAUGAGCUGGAGGAGGAGCAGCAGAUGAGGCUGAGCUUUGAGCGGUACAUGGAGCAGCUGAAGCAGCUGGCGCCCUACGAUCCCCAAGAAACUUUGUGCAAUAGCAACACCAAUAACAUUAGCAACAGCAACAACAAUAGCAACAGCAACCGCAGCGGCGAGCCCACGAAUGCCAAUCAAAUGGAAGCUACUACAACUACUACUAAUAGUAAUAAUAAUAAUAACAAUAGCUAUGCUAACCACAGCACUAGGAACUACAACAAAAGGCAGCAGGAGUAGCAACAGCAGCAGCAGCAACAGCAACCAAUUGAUACUCAAAGCAAAUGUAAUUUAGACGAGAAACGCGAAUAAGAUCUUAAAUGUUGAAUCGAUUUAAGGGUAAGCCAAAUUUGUUUGUCAAUUAUGUAGGCGAAAAUUGAAGAAGAUUGGAGUGGAGAGGAGAGGAUGCAUUUCAUUUCCGGCUGCGAGGAGGAAUCCAAUGCUGAUCGGUGCAGGAGGAGGCGACACAUUGUCCAGGUUUCAACUAGAUACGGAUGUUGCAGUCACCCACACGCACUUGUAUACAGAAUGCAGUAUAUAGUAUACAGUAUAUAGUAGAAGAAUUAUUCGCAAUGAAGUUUUAAUUGCAAAAGUCUUGUUCGUGGGGCAAGCAAAAGGGUUUCCCAGCCAGCUGAAAGCAGAUGGUGGAAAGCAAAAAGGUUUUAACUAAUAGUAGCAGCACUCAAAUAUUUACAACAAGGAAAACCAACAACAAAGAAAAAACUUAAAACUAAACUUAAACUAAUUGUAUUUCGAAGCUACUCAUACUACAUAUAUAUGGAAUUACAAAUUUUACGAACUAAAAUCGUUGGACCUGUCAGACAUUUGUGCCAAAAUCUCUUGGUGGUAGUGCCAACUUCCUUGGCUGCACUCUCUCUCUCUCUCUUUAAUUGCACCUGUUCGUUGUUGCAUUUAACACUAGUAUGUGCACACCCACACACACACAUACACGCAACCCAACCCAAACAACACCCACACUAACCCACCCGGAAACCACUCUGAUACUCUAUAGGAAAUGAAAGAAAGUUAGGAGCAAACACCGAACAUUGAAGACAUUUUAACGAGAGAUUUCUACGCUGCUAACCAUUUUACUGUUUUAUAUAAAUGUAUCAUUAAUUACGAUCUAAUCGAUGUCGUGUUUUGCGCAUAAUAACAACAAAUUGUAAAAUAGAAUAAUAGCGUUACUCCUCGACUCGAUCGACAUUUAAAGAUAUUCUCUGCAUACGAGUAUAGAAUGUAUCUAUGAUGUACAAAUCGGUGCGUUUGAUCGAUGUUAGUUGACCCUGAAGACAUGCAUUACGAUAGCCCUAAUCUUAGCGAAGCAGUUUUAAACUAAUCUAAUCUUAACUAAAACUAAAGCUAAAACUAAACUAAACUAAUUCACUGAUUACGGAUACUAAACUAAUGUUAAUUUAUUUAUAACCAUUGCGGGAAUGUGUGCGAAUGAGUCUCGAAGCGAGCGAUUGCCGCUGGAUCCAAUCCAAACCGAUCAUCUUAUAUGAUCCGAUACCAAUCCGAUCUGAUCUGAUGUAUUAUAGCUAGCGAUAACAUCGCUAUCGAUCCAAUUGUCAAUGCAUGUGGCCGAGUUUGUUAUCCAGUCUAUAUGAUAUAAUACAUAUACCAUAUACCUACUUAUAUGCACACUUGCGUGGGCUAAUAUUGGUUUUGCAGACUCUACUUGCGGUGUAAAUAUGAUUGGUGAUUCUUUCCCGAUUUCUGCUAGUUAAUGUAUAUUUAAAUCAGUUUUUUGUAAUUUGUUGUUGUACAUUGAUUGCCAAAUCCCCGAUAUUGGUGCGCGAACACACAAACACGAGCAUGUGUGUGGACACACACACACAUACACACAGAAAGGUCUAAUUGCCUAAGGAAUUAGUGCAUAAUUAAAGUCUAUGAAAUAUAUAGUUAUAUGUUAUAUACACACAUAUUCAUAAUAUUUAUUUGUUCUACUUCUUAACAUGAAAUGUUUAGGAAUUAAAUUUACAUUAUUAAUAAUGCUACAUCAAAUACUGCCCCCGACUUAAUGUUUGUUUAAUGUUUAUUUUUAACGCUGUUUUGUUAAACAAAAAUUUAAGAAAUUUAUCUAUUAUAUGAUGUGAUAACUAUAGUAAAACUAAAAACACACACACACACACAAACGAAACACACAUGAAAACACCCACACAUUACAAAUUGAAAUUAUGUUAAUUAAGCAGGAGAGUAGAGCGUUGAAGUUUUUUUAAAAAACAAUCGAAAGAAUUCUAUCAUUUGUGUGGUAUGCAAAAUGGUGCUAAAUCCAAAUAUACUUUAAAGUAUACCGAGUAGAACGAAAGGAGGCGAGUUCUCCUUAAAUCGUAUCGUAUGUGCAAUAUGACUAGUUUUCGUUUAAGGUGCAGGAGGAUGGAUGAUGGAUGAUGAAUGAUGUAUGAUGAAUGAUGGUGACGAGACCACGCAAAUGCCAACCACUUGAAUUAUGCGAAUAAAGAAACAGAAAAUAAAAAAAAAAAACACAAAAACUAAACACACAAAGUAUAUGUAAAUACAAAGCGGUGCUAAGCCCCCCAAAAUAGGCGGAAAUAAGUAAUGAUAUUCAAAGUCCUUUUAAAUGUCGCAAAAUGGGGAGAGACACCAGCCGAAAACAAAAUAAGUGUUAGCAUAUCACUAUGAAUAUGAUUAUGAAUAUAUAUAUAUAUACAUAUAUAUAUACGUCUGAUAUAGCAGCAGAGCAGUUAGUUAAUGGUAACUUUUCGCUACGAUUUCUGUGUCUAUUUACAAUAAAUGUCAUAAAGCUUAUCAAAUUACCGAGCACACCACCACAACCAACACCCACACACAAACCACACACAGCCCCAUUUGAAAAAUGAAAAAAAAAACAAAACACUCUCAUAUUUAUUUUGGUGCCUUUUCGAACCAUUUUGAGUUCCAGUAAUUGAUUUCGAUUUUGCCUUGACUUUGACUUCGUUUAACCAACUUUAACAGCAUUUUCGCAGUCGAUCAGGAGUGGUUUGAAUCCCUAAUUUUAAUGACGUGCUAGUUUCAAUGUAAACUUAGUUUAAUCUAAUUUUUGUAUUAAUAAUAAAUGCAAUACAAACUAUUUUUAGUUUUAUUUAUAAACAACAACCGUAGCGGCAGCAGCAA